UUUAUGGAGAAAUACUCAACCGGAAUUUGACUACUUCAGAGUCAGUAGCCAUUAGCGGUGGGCGGCAUAGUUUAGGGCUUAGUAUAGCGAUGAUGCAGAUUGAUGAAAUCAAGACACAGCAAGAAGUAGGAGAAGACGACGAUGGCCCGCCACCGGGUUGGCAACCCAUCCAUACGCCACCGCCACAACCGCCUCCACAGUCACAGUCACAGUCACGGUCACGGUCACCACCUCGAUGUCCAUCCAAUUUGGGUCAAAUAGUUUGUGGGUCUUGCCAUCGCCUGCUUGCAUAUCAGCGAGGUGCCAAACAUGUCCAAUGUGUGAACUGUCAGACAGUUAACAUUGUAUUAGAGGCUGAUCAGGUUGGACAAGUUAAGUGUGGGGGCUGUGCAGUAUUGCUAAUGUACCCAUAUGGUGCUCCACAAGUUAGGUGUUCCUCAUGUCGAUUUGUGACAGAAAUUGGGGCACACAACAAGCGACCUCCAUGGUCUGAACAACAAAGGAAACCAACCCUACCUAAAACUGCUUGUUAGUGAUCAGUUUGUUUGCUUAUUAUAUGGAUGAUCCUUAUGUUGUCACACUUAUUGAUGAGAGGAUUUGGAUAGUUCUACACUUCUACUACUCAGACUGAAAGGCCUACAGAAAACAGAUGGCUUAUACAAGAGCUAUACGGUUUAAAGUCUUCAAGAGGAUGUUAGAGCUGGCAACCGUGUAUGAGAACAGCAGCAGCAGCAAUUGGAGUAAGGCAUCAAAAUCAGAGCAAAGUAUGUAUAGGGAAAAUUAUAUGUCUUAACCACAUAUUGCACUGAAUAAGCACAGUUUAUGACUUAUCAUACACACAUUGUAUGGAAUUUGUCUUCUAAACAUUAUAUAUCCGUCAGU